GCGCUUGCCGAUUUGACAGUUCGAUUUUAUUCUUCUCAGGUUGAUUCUUCGGGAAAAAAGUCUGAAAGUUUUGAACACAUGCAUUUAUCGAAAGCGAUAAAUCUCUGAAUAACUCUAAUAGUUUAUUAAUUUCCCAUCAAACCAACGAGGACAUCGAACAAACAUGGAUUUGGAAUUGAAAAAGGCCUUCUCCGAGAUGCAGAUGAACAAAAUCGAAUCGACCAAGAAAAUCCGCCUGCUGGACAUGAAAACGGAUAGCUUGAAGGUGUCCAAACAGCGAGUGGAGCUAACCAACAAGGAAAUUUCCCAGCUGAAUGCCGAUACCAAAGUUUACGCCUCGGUGGGACGUAUGUUCGUCCUGUCGGAUGUUCCUUCGUUGACCGAUGAGAUGAAAAUCAAACAGAGCAACUUCGAGGAGAUGAUCGGCCAGUGCGAGAAGAACAAGGAAUUUCUGCUGAAAAAUCUCAAGGAGCAGGAGGACAGCCUUCGGGAGCUGGUCCAGCAAAAGCGGACAGAAUCGACGGCGAAGGAAAACGGCACCGAGGCGAAGAAGGAAUAGAAUUCUAGACAUAUAAGUUAGACGCGAUUCAAUGCAUUUCGGAUGAUUGAUGAUAAAGAAUGGAUCGUAAAGCAUCAUUUUUUGUAACGUUAUCUAUAACCCGAUAAUAAAACUACACCUUUUCUGAUAACACACUAUCCAGA